AUGCCACAGAACUACCACAAGCUAGGCGCGAUACAUCUAGCGGCGAGAGAGGGCCACGAAAGCAUCCUCAGACUCUUGCUCCCAAAGGUCCCUGGAGACUACUACGUGCACUCUGGGUUUCAUGACGACUACAGCAACAAAGUCUACACACUGGAUACACCAGGACACAGCGACGACAGCCCAGUUAUUUACUCGCACUAUUGGAGCUGUUUGCACUUUGCAAUCUAUGGCAGGCAUUAUGAAACUGUCAAAUUCUUACUAGAAAGUGAGAUUGUACCUCCCCGGGACAAGGACGUUACACCGUGGGAUUAUCUUAAACAUAGGGCAGUGGCCUUGCCUUUUGCUGCGCAGAGGGGUGAUGCUGGCAUCGUCGACCUACUCCUGUCAAAUGGAUUUGACGUUUCAAUAAAAUUAGAUGGGAAAUGUGCCCUCGAGCUGGCUGCCAAAAAUGGCCACACGGACGUUAUGGCUUUGAUCAUGGACGCUGGAAUAAGUUUAACCGUGUACCAUCUCUUGAAUGCGGCAGCAAGCGGUUCUGUGCCAGCAGUGUCACUCCUUCUCGACAGGGGUGCAGAUGUGCAUGCAAAGUCUCAACUAGGCAACACGCCACUCCAUAUUGCAGUCGAUCAUCACCACCCAGAGGUCGUCCAUCUCCUUCUCAGAUCCGGCGCAGAGACAGACGCCGCCAACCACUAUGGGCAGACGCCCUUGCACCGUGCAAUUGCAGAGAAUCAAGAAGAGUGUUUCGACCUACUCCUGGAAUAUCGCACUGGGACAGACGCCUCGUCCGGAACCAAGAUCAAUUACAGAAAGAGAGACAUACAAUAUGCCCUGGUCCUUGCGGUUAAACGCACGAGGUCUCACAUGAUACCUCAGAUUCUUGAGUACGGCGCCGACAUCAACGCAGCAGGCUCGAAUGGCACGACGCCGUUCCACGAGGCGGCUGCGACGGGAGACAUUGCUACGCUUGAAACCGUCCUCGCGUCUGGCGCUCGCAAACAUACAAGAGAUGCACAGCAGUGGACUGCCUUGCAUUAUGCAGCCAAAGAGGACCACGGCGGCGCGGUAGCGAAGCUGCUGAGCUGGGGCUUGGACGCCGACGCUAAGAAUUCCAGUGGCCAGGUCCCGCUGCACCUUGUUCAACAUGAGUCUGGGGCCUACAGGUUGUUGAUCGGCCAUGGUGCAAACCCUAACGCUAAAGAUGAUAACGGGAUCACUGUGACGGAAUGUCAGCGCUUGAGUUACUAUAAUCAGAACUGUGCUUAA